GAGGAUGGCGCGGCCACGGUGGGCCACUACACGGCCGUGCAGAACAGCAAGAACGCCAAGGACAAGAACCUGAAGCGGCACUCCAUCAUCUCCGUGCUGCCUUGGAAGAGGAUCGUGGCCGUGUCGGCCAAGAAGAAGAACUCCAAGAAGGUGCAGCCCAACAGCAGCUACCAGAAUAACAUCACGCACCUCAACAAUGAGAACCUGAAGAAGUCGCUGUCGUGCGCCAACCUGUCCACGUUCGCCCAGCCUCCACCGGCCCAGCCGCCCGCCCCCCCUGCCAGCCAGCUCUCAGGCUCCCAGACCGGGGUCUCCUCCUCCGUCAAGAAGGCCCCACACCCUGCCGUCAGCUCCGCCGGGACGCCCAAACGGGUCAUCGUCCAGGCGUCCACCAGCGAGCUGCUGCGCUGCCUGGGCGAGUUUCUCUGUCGCCGGUGCUACCGCCUGAAGCACCUGUCCCCCACGGACCCUGUGCUCUGGCUGCGCAGCGUGGACCGCUCGCUGCUCCUGCAGGGCUGGCAGGACCAGGGCUUCAUCACGCCGGCCAACGUGGUCUUCCUCUACAUGCUCUGCAGGGAUGUCAUCUCCUCCGAGGUGGGCUCCGACCACGAGCUCCAGGCCGUCCUGCUGACCUGCCUGUACCUCUCCUACUCCUACAUGGGCAACGAGAUCUCCUAUCCGCUCAAGCCCUUCCUGGUGGAGAGCUGCAAGGAGGCCUUUUGGGACCGCUGCCUCUCCGUCAUCAACCUCAUGAGCUCCAAGAUGCUGCAGAUCAACGCCGACCCCCACUACUUCACACAGGUGUUCUCCGACCUGAAGAACGAGAGCGGCCAGGAGGACAAGAAGCGGCUCCUCCUUGGGCUGGAUCGGUGAGCCCACUAGCCUGCAUCAUGGCUCAAGGAUUCAAUUCAUUUUUAAAAAUUUAUUAUUAAAUCAGAUUUUGUGUACAGUAUGUGUCUAGCAAAGCCGCCGAGGGCCUCUCCCUUCCCACCUUCUUUCCUUGGGGUUUUCUCCAGCCCUGCCAAGAACUCUGGGCUCUUCUGAACUCCCGAACCUGUGCAAAACCCAGAAGAUGUAUUCAGAACCACCACGGCUCCUGACCUCCCACUUUAGGAAAUUCAAAGGACUGACCUGCCUCUGCCGCCUGUGCCCUUGCUGGACCAAGGCAGGCGAGACUGCCCGCUGCUCCCUUUGUGGGAGCUGGCGAGGGUCUCUGGCCAGGCAGCUUGGGGAGGAAGUGGAGUUUCUAGUUGGAGGCUCUUUUCUGGCUCCCGUUUUGGGCCGUCUGUUCUCCCAGAGGCUCCUGGAGCCGGCCUCCCUGACUGAGCUGCACGUGGGAUUGUGAGGCAAGUUGCCCGUGGCCCUGGGACAGCCUCUUCAAUCAAGGAGAAGCCGGCCUGGUGCAAAGACGGUGUCCUGUUGUUUUGACCAUGCACGACCCUGGUUUGCUCUUUUUUCUGUUUUAGGGAGAAGGGCUUUCCUUUAGUGGAGACAUGGAAGUGGAGACGUGGAACUUGCUCCCCUCCCCCCCUUGUCCUCUGUUUCCGGCCGUGUUGGUACUGUUGGUUAAUGAGCUGGUUUGACUCAUUAAGUUCUUUCGUUUUGGGUCCCAGCUAAAGGGGUGGGGUGAAGCUGGGGACAGCUCCUUUCCUGGGUGAAUUUUUCAUUUGAAUCAUGCAGCUUAGUCACCCUGUGGGGAAGGCCCAGGCAGCUGCAGGUGCCCAUUGUCAACAGCCUGCCUUCUGGGCAGGUGGGGUGGCCAUGCCUGGGACCAAGCCAGAGCCCACCUAAGGGCUAAGGCUUCUUGCUGGUGCACAUGACAUCUGUCCUGCAGAAGUGCGGGACCGGGAGGGUGUGAUGUCAGGGAUCAGGGUGAUGUGGUAACGAUGUCCCCCGCUCUCACCCCUUGAUUUAAGCUGUUUCCAAACAGUUCAGUUUCUUCUGAAGAUGAUGCCUUGCCCCGCAAGGCCCAGUGAGACAGCUGCAUCUUGGAGACAAUUACAAGACGGGAGUAGAACUCCUGAUCGCCUGCUGAUUCUACAACUGAUCAUUUGCAGCUGCUGGUUUUGGUUACCACCUGACCCUAGUGGCUGUAAAAACACAUGAUAUGUACUUAAUCAAUUUUCUUUCUAAUUCUCCCAGAUUGGUGGCUUGGGACUUGGGAGAGGACCAAGAGAAGGGAGCAAGUCUUCCUCCAUGGCCCAUCCCUCCGGCUUUGGGGAACAAAGACUGAUGCGAAGACGCUACAGAAUUCUCUCUUCCAAUCCCAGUCCCCCAGAGGGUGCUGGAAUGGGGGCUGGGGGGGAGGCAGAGGGCCCGUUUACAUAGGAUUAGCUUCCAGGUGGCUGCCCAUUUCAGCGCAAGCACUACUGAAAUUCACAUAAAAAGAGAAAGCUGUGAAAUUGAGGCCAGGGUUUAAGAGGCCCAGAGCCGAGCCCGCCCGCCGGCCCGUGUUCUCCCGAGGAAGUGGGCCUGCCCAAUUGGGAGAGCAUUUGCCCCAGCUGCGCCCGGAGGCCCACGCUGAGCCAUUCCCAGGGCCGCCAGAUUACCUGACCUGCCGCGGGGCUGGAAGCAACCCGCGGCUGCUGGCACAGACCUCGCCACAGCACCUCUUCUCCGCUGGAGUUGUCACACAGCCUGUCUGUUCAGAUCCUGCUGCCAUGUGUGACCCGAGGUAGGAGGCCCGUGGGGGCAGCGGGCGCUGGCGGCUCGGAAUUGGGAGGUUCGGGUGCCAAGUCUCAAGAGCAGGGGUGCGCGUCUGUAGUCGCUCGUUUGGCGGGCCGAACUUGGCCUGAAACUGCGGGAAGUUGCAUCCGCAGGAUUCCAGUUUCGUGUGUUUCCUUCUCUCUCUCCAUAUUUAUUUUUUUAUUUUUGGAGGAGGUGCAAAUUUCAGGAGUGGUUGGGGACUAAGGAAAAAACUCUAGUUCCAUCAGUGUGAAACCUGGCGGGGUCUCCUCCCUCCCUCGCGCUGGUCAUCAGUAUUGUGUAAAGGAACUGAUAAAAUACUUGAGUGUGCAAGCAAUGAACCCAUUUGACAUGCUGCUAUGAAGACUACUUUUAGAACAACAAUAAAAAAAAA